GAGUUUCGUGACCAUGGGGUCGAAAUGAUGGGGCCAGCUGCAGAGCUCUUGCAGACAUCCAAGAAGUGGAGCAGCAAUUUCCAAAGGGAUAUGAUGCGGAAGGCCAACAGGCAACUGCCAGUGCUACUUCCCCAUGAGCUGGUUCCGUGGUUAGUGGAGCAAGGAGUUUUUCCAGUGGAUGAAGAAUCUGACGCAGCCCAUGCAGAAUUCUGGGAACACCUUCAGAAGGUGGGCACUCCUACACACAAUGCCACUGCGAACCAUGUCCCGCUCUACAUAUGGGGAGAUGAUGCCGAGUUUACCGAGCACCAUCAGGAUAAGCUGGUUGUGAUUUCUAUUGGUCGGGUGCUGGAACA